AUGGAUUCCAGUCAUAGCCAUAAUAAUAAUACUAAGAAACCAAGCAGCAAGAUCAGCGACAUCGUCAGCCUCCAACGCAUCCUCAAGAAGUGGAAACGCAUCGCCACCACCACCACCACCGCUCCCUCCACCCCCACCGCCGCCGCCGCCACCACCAGCAAGAGCAUGAAGUUCAUCAGACGAACAUUCUCAUUCAACGACGUCGCGUCAGCAGCCACAUCCUCCUCAUCAAACGGCGCCGUCCCCAAGGGCUCCGUCGCCGUCUGCGUGGGGAAAGAGCUGAAGCGGUACGUGGUCCCCACCGAGCACCUGGGCCACCACGCGUUCCGCGUUUUGCUCCGCCAGGCCGAGGAGGAGUUCGGGUUCCAGCAGGAAGGCGUGCUCCGCAUCCCGUGCGACGUCGCAUCGUUCGAGGCCAUCCUCAAGGUCGUCCGGGGCAAAACGACGCCGUACUCGUCGUCGGACCACCACGUGUACGACAAUGACAUGAUGAUGAUGAUGUCGGACGGGGAGGAGGACUACGAGGAGCAGUACUGCCACCAGUUCGGGUUCCCAGCGUCGCCGGCCACCGGGAGCGGAGGGUGCUGCUCGCCGUCGUCGUCGUCGGCGGAUUCGGAUCAGUACCACGGCCACCAGCAGCAGCAUCAUCACCACCCGCAAAUGUGCAGAUGA